GUUCAGCAUCAGUUGGGUUUUAAUUUGGUCAUUUGGUUUAGGCAGUGCAGUGUCGAUGUCGGCGCGCGGGCGGCCUCGUCGUCGUACUGCCAUGACUGCCAAUUCAAUGCCUCAGUCCACACGUAAACAUGUCACACACAUGGCAUCAUGACAUGUGACAGAAAAUGCUGCAAUAAUGGAUGAUACAAACUGUUCUCAGGCAUGCCAGGAAGGUCAUCAAACAUGUCAAACAGGAAGUGAUUUUCACCACACUGACUUUUGGAAAAUUAUCGUCACAACUCUCCUUAUUCUAAUUCUCACGCCUUGCGUUGUUGCAACAACUGUCGCCCCACCCUCUGAAUCCAUAGCAACACCGGUAAAUACCAGUUCGCAACAGCCACCUACAGAGGGAGUAUCAACAGGAAGCAUUGCAACGCCAACUGACUCUACACCUUCAACUUCAAGAAAUGCUGCUCUAUCAACGCAACUUAGCAGCGCAACAAAGACGUUAAACCUUACACAUGGACCAACUCGCACACCAACCUCAGAAAUUUCAACUACCAUUCCAGACAAAAACAAUGAACCACAUUCAAGUUACGAAACACCGUUAACCUCAGCUACCAACUCUUUAACAGAAUCAACGACAAAUUUAAGAGAAGUAUCGACAAAUGUCAACCAAACUACAAAAAUGAGCACCGCAAAUACUGUUUCACAAACAACUGCCACAGAAAGCUUUUUUACCGCCGGUAUCUCUGUAACCCGAAUUUUGACAUCUGUAGCACCACUGACCUCAGCCACUCGGUCGGACACACCCACCCCAUCCCAAGCCACACCCAGCCCAUCCCAAGCCACACCCACCCCAUCCCAAGCCACACCCACCAAAUCCCAAGCCACACCCAACAGUACUAUUUCAACAUUGUCUCAAGAUACUUCAACUGAAGCACCAGAAACAACAUCUAUAUACACAACAAGGGAAGGCCCCACAAAUCCAGCCCAAACCACGCCCACCACUACCAGUACUUUCGUCACGCCAUCUCAAAGUGUAACUACCGAAACACCACACACAACACCAAAAACAACCAUCUCUACUCCAGAAACUAGUACUUUUUACACAUCGCCUCACAACAUUGCAACACAAACACCAAAAUCAACGUCAAACAAUGUCAAAACCAGUGCUGCAUCUACGGUUUUUAUUUUUGAUACAACAUCAACAGCAGUUACCACUGCAGCAACAAGGUUAAUGCCAGGUGGGUCGUCACUGACGACAGAACAAUGGAUAGGAAUUGGUGUCGCCAUCGGGAUGUUUGUUGCAAUAGUGGUUAUCGUUCUAUGCUUACUCUUGUGGAUGAGAACCAGGCGAAACGUGCUUAGCAAGAAACCCUCGAUUAAAGUAAGCAGGGAGGACUACUCAAACAGCAGCACGCUGGCCUUGAAAGAUCCACAGUGGCGGAAAAGCUUAACCAUGGCACUACAGUCGAUGAACACACACAUAGAAUUACCAAAGGAAACUGGUGAGGAGAUGCAAGCAGUCGACAAUGCAGGGUACGCAGAAGAGUCACAUGACCCUCAGACAUCCAAUCAGGACCCAUCACACCUGACAAAGGUCUGAAAUGGACCAAUCAGAGGUUUGUAUUUUUUUAGGGAGGCAUUAGAAAUGUCAAGCAACAAUUUGAUGAGGCUGAAAACUAAAACUUGGUUGGUGAGAUUUUCGUUUGUUUAAAACAAAAUAAUCUUUCAAAUAAUUUUGCCGAACUUUUUUAAAUUAAUAAAGAGUACUAAACAUGUAAUAUGCCCAGGGUAAGAAGUACUCAAACUUAUUUAAACACUUUUUUAGAAAUGUUGGGAUGUUUUUUAUUCCCAAACUCAGAAAUCGUGGAGAUGUCAUUUAGUGCAGCAACAAGCCACCAUGUAAUGCAUGUAUAAUUGUAUUCAGUUUAAAGGGGCACUAGGUCCUGAAAAUCCCCGAAAAUUCUAUGUUUUGGAUUGUUUACUUAGCCUAUUUCAAAAAUCUGGUUGAAAGGAAACAACCUAAUGCCUUACCGUUCCCGAG